CAACACACUGUUCACACACCUCCACUCCCCUUUCAGCCCCUCACCCACCUCCCUGCCGGGCGGCCGCACCACAUCCUGACGUCCCCGCUCCCGUUAUCGGACAGCGAGCCAGAUGUCUCCAGUCUGUCCAGUCUGGAGCUCUGCAUCCCUCCGCCAUCGCUCUUCAGAAGCCACACCUGCCGGCUCAACAGGACCAGAACCAUGGCGGUGGGCGUUACGGCAUCUGACUGCAGGAGUCCUCAUAACAACUCAAGUCUUCGGCGAACCUCAAGUCUUCGCCGUGAAGCGAGUCGCUCCACAACCAUCGGCCACCAGAGUGUUCCAGCACAUCGCAGCCCGACCACGGCCUGGAGACACGCCCCCUCUGGCAGAGGGGAGCGUCAGCUGCAGACCAUCCCUCCGAAGGGCAUCCUGAAGACACCGACCUCGCUGGGCAUGGAAUACGCCUGCAACUUCAUCAGGAAAUCAAAGUCAGUGGAGCUGCUGGAUGACGAACAGGGCGGCGCCGGUCGCCACACUCCGACCCGCUCACUGGACCGGGCGGAGCGGCGGUCCUCGGCCCCGCCCUCGCCCUCGCCCACCACGACCAACUGGAACUGGAAGAUGCAGGUUCUGGAGGAAAAGGUCCGCUUCUCCAACUUUCUGGAUGAGAUCACCUGUCGGGUCUUGAGCCCCGCCCACCUCACACUGCUGGGUAGGUCGCCCUGUGGAGAGCCAGGAAGCCCCGCCCCCCAUCGUAGACAUCACGGCGGCCGCCCUGCUCUCAGGAAGCAGCGGACAGAGAGUCGGCCCACAGACCGCACUCGGCGCUGGGACGACUGGGUGGCGGCGCUGCAGCGACCCAGCAGCUGGUACCAGCCACUGCAGGAGGAGGGGGCGGGGCAGUGGCAUGACAUCACAGAAGAGGCGGGGCCUAAAGAGGAGGUUUUGGGGGAGAAAAGAGUAAAGAUGCAUAUUCAGGGGAAUAAACACAGACUUCCUGUCUCUGACCUGUCCCAUAUCAAGGAUGCUUUAACAGACUCCGACAGGAUCAGAAUCCUCCAGCAGCAGAAUGAGGACCUGCGGCGCCGCCUGUCUCUCUCCACCCACAAGAUGGAGGCCAUGGAGGCGGAGUUUGACGGCAGCCGUCAUUACAUGGAGGCGGAGCUCAGCCGGACCAGAGACGACCUGGACAAGAUGAGGGACAAGUUCCGUAGACUCCAGAACAGCUACACAGCAUCUCAGAGAGCCAAUCAGGAUCUGGAGGAGAAGCUUCACGCUCUGGCUGCCGUCAGUCAGACUUGGGUUCAUGCACUACGGAAGGUGGAGCGGGACAAGAAGACGAUGGACCAGGAGAUUGUGGAACUCACCAACAAACUGCUGGAUGCUAAGAACACCAUUGACCGCCUGGAGGAGCUCAACGAGCGCUACAGACAGGACUGUAACUUGGCCGUUCAGCUGCUCAAAUGCAACAAGUCACAUUUCAGGAACCACAAGUUCGCUGAUCUGCCCUAUGAGCUGCAGGACAUGUUGAAUAAACACAUGAAGAGCAGCCUACCGGAGGGAGGCCCCGCCCCUGGCCCCGCGUCCGGCCCUCAGGACCCGGAUUCUCUCAGUUUGACCCCGGCUGAUGUCGUGCCGACCUCCGUCAUCGCCCGGAUCCUGGAGAAACCGGAGCCCCUGGUCCUGAAUUCUGCCCAGUCCAGGAGCUGCGGCCGGCCUGUGGCCGAGGAUGUGUUCGUGCAUGUGGACAUGACCGGCUCCGCCGGCGCCGAGGGGCGGGGCAGAGAGCGUGGUGGCGGUCCAGAAGAGUCGCAGCAGAACGGUUCCUGUCGCAGUCUGGACAGGCUGUCGGGCGGAGAGGAGGCGGGUGGGGUUUCCUCCUUCGAGAAACUGAAUCCGUACCCGGUGCCGCCCCCCCCUCACCCCCUGUACCCCGGCCGCAAGGUCAUCGAGUUCUCGUCAGACGACAAAGUGAAGAUACCCAAGAACUCGCCGCUGCCCAACUGCACCUACGCCACGAGGCAGGCAAUCUCUCUGAGCCUCGUCCAGAACGACGACGAGCGGCUGGCCCCCGGCAGCCCCGCCCCAUCGUCAUCCUCUGCGGGGGGGGGCGGAGCCAACCAGCACACGCCGCCAUCGCAGCGGGAUGUCACCAGUGAACCGCUGUCAAGCCAGUCCAGCCCCUUCAGCAGCCCGCCACAGGCCCCCAGUGCCCUGGCGAGCUCCGGCAGCUCGGAGGAAGACCUCCUGGCCAACUGGCAGAAGAUGUUUGUGGAGAAGAUGGCUCCGACCUGCGAAGGCGCUCUGACGCACCGCACGUCAUUCAGCAGUCAGACGGCUCAGGAGCUGCAGAGGAGGCGGCCAGCUGGGAGGGGCGGGGACUCCUCAGACCACCACCGAGCAGCGUACUCGGACGGAGAGGAGGGGUCGUCGGCGAGGAGCUGGACGCCGAGCAGAGGCUCCAGCCUCGAUACUGACACCGACACGGAGCCGCGGCCCGGCAGGAAGCUGCGUUACCGGGGAGACGGCUCCGCUGAUGAGGGCGAACGGCUGCUGAUGAACCUGGAGGACGACGGUGGCAGCGGGGACACGGCAGUUACGGUGGUGUCCAGUCCUGCCGACGCCCACGGGGGGGAGGAGUUAGAGGAGGAGGAGGAGAGAGACGUCCUCCCCCACGACCUGCCCAUCAUCUCACCCCGCGUCCUGGAGUUUGACCCCACCCUGGCUGGCCCCGCCCCCUCACAGCGGCCUCAGAAGAGUCCGAAGAGAAUGGGCGUCCAUCACCUGCACCGCAAAGACAGCCUGACCCGAGCCCAGGAGCAAGGCACCCUGCUGGACUAAUGCUCCCUCUCCACUGUCUGAGCCCGCCUUGCCCGCCCCACACUGUGCUCCCAGCUGCUGUCUGUCUCCAUGCCAACUGACCUGUCUGUCACAAGGGUCAGAGGUCACCCACCCAUCCAGGAUAUAGCCAUACUCUACUGUAUGCUGCAGAGCUGUGUGUGUGUGUGUGUGUGUGUGUGAGACAUGACUGUCCAUAUACUUUUGGCCACAUGCUGGUGGUCAGGUGUCUGUAUAGCUCCUAACAAACAAUAAAAAUUGGCCAAAAGUAUGUGGACAUUUCAACAUGUAGAUGUUUGUCUUGAAGACAUUUUUUCACCAGAAUGUAAAAAAAACAUCAACAAUUAAAUUCAUCAGAAAAUGUAAGUCCUGUUGAGUGACGUUGAGUGACGAGUGUCCACAUACUUGUGGACACAUUGGUUCAUUUCAUCACAGAAGUUUGUGGUCAGAUGAUUAAGAGUCAGUUUAAAAAUCAAUAUUAAAAAUCGUACUAUUCAGAGUGUGUGUGUGUGUGCUUGUGCGUGCGUGCGUGCGUGCGUGGUAUAAACUUAAAACUUUGCCUUGUUUCUUGACCAGGAGCUUUUAUUUUGAAGAGAACAAAUGACAGACACACCACACUCUGUGCCUGUCACUCGACCUGCAGGGUCAGACUUUUAUUUUGUAUGUGUUCAUUGACUUCCUGUCGUGAUGUUUAGUCACCUUGUUGUUUUGUUGCAGUCGCAGACAUUUGACCUUUGACCCUGGCUGCCACCACCUACACUCUGACUGUACCUGUGGGGGCAUAGCCGGGGGCAGGGCUUCCCCUGGAAUAGUUUUAUUUUUGUUUUUGUGGAGAAAUAAUUUAGUUUGAUUAGUUUUGUUUCUGAUCAGUUUUUAUGUUCCGGUGUUUCGGUACAGAGGAUUGUUAGUGCCACAAAAACCCUAACCCCGUGAACUUUGUCCCCUGACAUGGCGUCCUCGUGUUAGUCCAGGUCCUGGUCCUAGGCCUGGUCUUAGUCCUGGUUCUGGUCUCUGGCCUUGUUCUGCUUUUACUCUUGGUCUCAGGCCUGGUCCUGGUCCUGGUUCUGGUCAUGGUGUUAGUCCUGGUUCUGGUCCUGGUGUUAGUCCUGGUUCUGUUCUGAUCUUUAGUUGAUUUUGUGAUCACCUGUCACGUUUCUCAAUAAAGUUCAUUAAUAUUC